CGAAACGUGUGUAGAAUUACUUUAUUGACACCGGUCUAUCUCAUUCAUCUUAUUGACGCGAGGUGGCGCUGCUGGGCACAUGCGCACAGAACUUCCGUCGUCUCCAUUAACCGAUCUGAUACAAGACAUUGAGGCAUCAUGAGCAGUUCAGAAGAAGUCUCCUGGAUAUCCUGGUUCUGUGGGCUAAGGGGAAAUGAGUUCUUUUGCGAGGUGGAUGAGGACUAUAUUCAAGACAAGUUUAACUUGACUGGUCUCAAUGAACAGGUGCCACACUACAGACAGGCCUUAGACAUGAUCUUGGACCUGGAACCAGAUGACGAACUAGAAGACAACCCCAAUCAGAGUGAUCUUAUUGAACAGGCUGCGGAGAUGCUAUAUGGCUUGAUUCACGCCCGAUACAUUAUGACUAAUCGAGGCAUUGCCCAGAUGAUUGAGAAAUGGCAGCAGGGAGACUUUGGCUAUUGUCCGCGGGUAUACUGUGAAAAUCAGCCCAUGCUUCCCAUUGGUUUGUCAGAUGUCCCCGGCGAGGCCAUGGUGAAGCUGUACUGCCCCAAAUGUCAAGACGUGUACACCCCUAAGUCCUCCCGCCACCACCACACCGACGGCGCCUACUUCGGCACCGGCUUCCCCCACAUGCUCUUCAUGGUGCACCCCGAGUACAGACCCAAGCGUCCAGCCAACCAGUUUGUUCCCAGACUGUACGGCUUCAAGAUCCAUCCCCUGGCCUACCAGCUCCAGUACCAAGCAGCAUCCAACUUCAAGAUGCCCAUGCGGGGAGCUAGUCACACCAACAGCAAAAGAUGAAACAUAGCCACCAUGUGCUAGACUGUAACUCGGACUGGACUAGAUAUUACCUCCUCCACUGACGACAUUUCAACUUUCAUCAUCGAAAACGUGUACAGUGUACAAAAGACUGAAAAAUCUAGAUAUGCGAGAAGAUGUUUGAAGCAAAGAUGAUGACAAGAGACCACAGAUUCUGUUGACAUACUGUCUCCUAUUCCUGGAUUGUUCAUCCGUCAUUUCUAACAUUUGUACUUUCGUUAUGAUGUAUAUAAUGCUUAGGAAUGUUCGCUUUGUAAGAUUUGCAUUGAGAUUAGGUUGACAGGGAAACUGAUAGUUGCUGUGUGUAGAAAGUAGGAUCAGUCUUGGACAUAAUUUGACCAUAUGUGAAAUUAAAACUAUUUUUGAAAUUAUUUAUUUUCCUGAUCAUAAACUUUUGAAUUAUUCAUCUUUAGUUCUCGACUUGGUAAGUUUAUUUAGGGUGAGAUAGAUUUUGCUGCAGACAUCAUUGUAUUGGGAUAAUUGUUCUGCCAAAGAUUUCGUGAAAUUGACAACUGAUGUGGUCAGUGAUGAUGAAAUUAAGUACCCAAGGUUACCAUGGUUACAUGUUAUUGUACAGUUGUGAUGUCUUAGUUUGUGUGGCUGUCUGCAAUUUUGUAAAGGACCGGAGUGGACCGUGGUGUUCAGUGAUGGGCAGUUAUACAGAUGUGGCUUAAUAAUUAAAAUAUACUUUUAAUAACAUGGUACGGUCCCACAUUGUGGUUGCUGAUGGUCAAGAGAAUUGUACCUGUGAAAUGAUGUCAAGGGGUCAGAAAAAAGGGCCAGGAGGGUCAUUUCAAUUAUUUACCCCCAAAUUUAUUUACAUUUAAAUUCAUUUUUGAAUGGUUACAUAUUGGAGACAAUUUAUGUUUAAAUACAGUUACCAUUCUUGUGCACCUAAAGUAUAAGACAUGAAAGAAUUUUAUUCUCAUUCAUGACCAAAAGUUAGUAGCUCUGAAGCCUACUUUUGUCCACUGAUAUAUAGUUACCAAAGAUGCCUAGGAACCAAUGUUCUGUUAUUCUAGCCUCAAUGCCUGGGAACCAAUGUUUUGUUAUUCUAGCCUCAAUGCCUAGGAACCAAUGUUUUGUUAUUCUAGCCUCAAAAUUCUUAGUUUCUCAUUAAGAUUACCCAGUUAAUUAAUUGCAAUGCAGGGCUCAGUGUCACAAGUACAGCUUCAUGUACGGGACGAGGACAGCGCCCACUUGUGUAAGCUACAUUGCUGAACUUCAAUGAGGCAGUAUUAUAUGCAAACUGUAGCAGUGCACAAUUGCUGAACACGUUCAGAGUGUUCAGAUCUUGGAUUGCCACAGUUCAUUCCAUCUUCAAAAUGACCUCCAACUGUAGCCUUUGUACAUGUGAUCAUCCUAGGAACGCCCCACAUGAACGCAGUAUGUUGACACCGUGUGAAGGUACAGUGUGUGAGAACAUGAACAUCAGCCUCGGUGAACACUCGUGCACGUCACGUGUAUGUGAACAUUUUCUGUACAUGCUCACCUGUCAUUACCAUGUAUAUUCAUGUGUUGUAUGUAAUAAAUAUUUAUGUCCUGUAA